GGUUCCUGGGGCGCGGGGCCGGGCGAUGCGUUGGAAGGAACGUGCCGCUGGCGUCUGGCUCCGGGAGCCGCUGGGGCGCCCUCCUCUCCCCCCUCCUCCUCCUCCUCCUCCUCCUCACGCCUUCUCCCCGCGCCGACCGAGCCUUUCCUCGCUUUUCUCGCCAGGAAGAAGCAGCAGUUGCGGCGCCGCGGGGACCGUCAUGCCUCCUCGCCGGGGAGCCACGCCGACCGACACCGGAGCCCCUUCCCGCCUCUAGAGCGCCCGGAAGACCUCUCUCUCUUUCCCUCUCUCUCCCUCUCUUCUCUCGCCGCCCAGCCAGAUGCAGAUGCCAUCGCUGUCUUCGCUGCAGCGUUAGAACCACCUUGCGCCCCCCCCCCAACACACACCACCACUUCCAGCUUCAAAGGGAAGGAGCAAAUGGAAUGAAUGAUCUCCGUGGAUCCUGCACGUUGCGACCCCCCCGCUUUCCCCCCCCUCUCGCACGGUCUGAUUCAUCUGGGAAGCCAACCUCUCCCUAGCGCUGCCUCGCUCUCUCUCUCUUUCUCUCGAUUUGAAUUUGCACCACGUCAAGACACGAGGACCGCUCCUCGGCAGGGAGAGGUGGUUUCUCCGGGUGUGUGUGCCUCGCCCCCUCCCCGCUGGCUCCCCCGGCCUCGCUCUUCUUAUGUGGAUAUGCCAGCGAGGAGAGGAGACUGGAGACUCCCAACAUGCUCACUCCCUUAACCUGUCCGCCUAGAGGUUCUGCUUCUACAAACCAAGGGAGUGCAAGAGCUGAAGAUGAGGCCCAGAGCAGAGUGCUACUCUUCAAAGUUCUGGCUUAUGCUGGCUGUCUUAGCAACAACAGGUGGUGGGAUCUGGGCCCAAAAGAACCACCCCAGCAUUGGCAUUGCAGUCAUCUUGGUGGGCACCUCUGACGAAGUAGCUAUCACAGAUGCCCACAAGAAAGAUGACUUCCACCACCUCUCUCUCGUGCCUCGCGUGGAACUGGUGGCCAUGAAUGAGACAGAUCCCAAGAGCAUCAUCACCCGCAUCUGUGAUAUCAUGUCUGACCGGAGGGUUCAAGGUGUGGUGUUUGCUGAUGAUACGGACCAGGAAGCCAUUGCCCAGAUCCUGGACUUCAUUUCUGCCCAGACCCUCACACCCAUCCUAGGUAUCCAUGGAGGCUCUUCCAUGAUCAUGGCAGAUAAGGAUGAAUCAUCCAUGUUCUUCCAAUUUGGCCCAUCAAUAGAACAACAGGCUUCUGUCAUGCUCAAUAUCAUGGAAGAAUAUGACUGGUACAUCUUCUCCAUUGUCACUACAUACUUUCCUGGCUAUCAGGACUUUGUCAACAAGGUCCGCAGCACUAUUGAAAACAGCUUUGUGGGCUGGGAGCUAGAAGAAGUACUCUUGUUGGACAUGUCUUUGGAUGAUGGGGACUCAAAGAUCCAGAAUCAGCUCAAGAAACUCCAGAGUCCUGUCAUCCUCCUGUACUGCACUAAGGAAGAAGCUACCUAUAUCUUUGAGGUGGCCAACUCUGUGGGUCUGACUGGGUAUGACUACACAUGGAUUGUGCCCAGUUUGGUAGCUGGAGAUACAGACACGGUGCCCUCUGAAUUCCCCACUGGACUUAUUUCUGUAUCAUACGAUGAAUGGGACUAUGGUCUUCGUGACAGGGUGAAAGAUGGAAUAGCCAUAAUAACCACAGCCGCCUCUGACAUGCUGUCCGAGCACAGCUUCAUUCCUGAGCCUAAGAGUAGUUGCUACAACACACAAGACAAGAGGAUCUACCAAUCCAACAUGUUAAAUAGGUACCUGAUUAAUGUCACCUUUGAAGGAAGGAAUUUGUCUUUCAGUGAAGAUGGCUACCAGAUGCACCCCAAGUUGGUUAUCAUUCUUCUGACAAAGUCAAGGACUUGGGACAGGGUGGGAUGGUGGAAGGACAAGCGCCUUAAGAUGAAGUAUUAUGUGUGGCCACGUUCAGAACUGUACCCUAACUGUGAGGAGCGCGAGGAUGACCAUCUUAGUAUAGUGACUCUAGAAGAAGCUCCAUUUGUCAUAGUGGAAAAUGUGGAUCCGCUAAGUGGUACCUGCAUGAGGAACACUGUCCCGUGCCAGAAACGAAUUGUAUCAGAGAACAAGACAGACGAGGAAACUGCCUACAUUAAAAAAUGUUGCAAAGGAUUUUGUAUCGAUAUUCUUAAGAAAAUCUCAAAGUUUGUGAAGUUCACUUAUGAUCUUUACUUGGUAACAAAUGGUAAACAUGGCAAGAAGGUCAAUGGGACAUGGAACGGAAUGAUAGGCGAGGUGGUUGCCAAACGUGCCUACAUGGCAGUGGGAUCCCUCACCAUAAAUGCAGAGCGAUCGGAAGUUGUUGACUUUUCUGUGCCAUUCAUUGAGACAGGCAUCAGCGUAAUGGUGUCGCGAAGCAAUGGAACUGUCUCACCUUCUGCCUUCUUAGAACCAUUCAGUGCUGACGUGUGGGUGAUGAUGUUUGUAAUGCUGCUUAUAAUCUCUGCGGUGGCUGUCUUUGUCUUUGAAUACUUCAGCCCUGUGGGAUAUAACCGAUGUCUAGCGGAUGGCAGAGAGCCAGGUGGUCCUUCUUUCACCAUUGGUAAAGCAAUCUGGUUGCUGUGGGGUCUGGUGUUCAACAACUCUGUGCCUGUGCAGAAUCCUAAGGGAACAACGAGCAAGAUCAUGGUGUCUGUGUGGGCUUUCUUUGCUGUCAUCUUCCUAGCCAGUUAUACUGCCAAUUUGGCUGCCUUCAUGAUCCAGGAAGAAUAUGUGGACCAGGUGUCUGGACUGAGCGACAAAAAGUUUCAAAAUCCAAAUGCUUUCUCACCUCCUUUUCGUUUUGGGACAGUUCCUAAUGGCAGCACAGAGAGGAAUAUUCGCAACAAUUAUGAACUGAUGCAUGCUUAUAUGGUGAAGUUCAACCAAAGAUCGGUACAAGAUGCAUUGUCCUCACUGAAAACAGGGAAGCUGGAUGCUUUUAUCUAUGAUGCAGCUGUGCUAAACUACAUGGCUGGCAGAGAUGAAGGCUGCAAGCUGGUGACAAUUGGCAGUGGGAAGGUCUUUGCUUCCACGGGGUAUGGCAUUGCUAUCCAGAAGAAUUCAGGCUGGAAACGUCAAGUGGAUCUGGCAAUCCUACAGCUUUUUGGUGAUGGAGAGAUGGAGGAGCUUGAAGCUCUCUGGCUCACUGGGAUUUGCCACAAUGAGAAGAAUGAAGUCAUGAGCAGCCAGCUGGACAUAGAUAACAUGGCUGGAGUCUUCUAUAUGUUGGGGGCAGCCAUGGCUCUCAGUCUUAUCACCUUCAUCGCUGAACAUCUCUUUUAUUGGCAGUUCCGCCACUGCUUCAUGGGUGUCUGCUCUGGCAAGCCUGGUGUGGUUUUCUCCAUCAGCAGGGGUAUUUACAGCUGCAUCCAUGGAGUAGCUAUUGAAGAUCGCCAUUCUUCAAUGAACUCCCCCACUGCCACCAUGAACAAUACCCAUUCUAACAUUUUGCGCCUGCUCCGAACAGCAAAGAACAUGGCAAACCUUUCAGGGGUCAAUGGCUCACCACAAAGUGCCCUGGAUUUCAUUCGCCGUGAAUCAUCUGUCUAUGAUAUCUCAGAGCACCGCCGCAGCUUCACUCACUCUGACUGCAAAUCUUAUAACAACCCACCCUGUGAAGAGAACCUUUUUAGUGAUUACAUUAGUGAAGUAGAAAGGACCUUUGGGAAUUUACAGUUGAAAGAAAGUAAUGUUUACCAAGACCAUUAUCAUCACCACCAUCGCCCCCAUAGCAUAGGCAGUGCCAGCUCCUUAGAUGGACUGUAUGACUGUGAUAAUCCACCUUUCUCUGCCCAGCCUCGGCCCCUCAGUAAGAAGCCAUUAGAUAUUGGUUUGCCACCAUCCAAACAUGGCCCACUAGGUGAUAUUUAUGGCAAGUUGUCUUUCAAGAAUGAUCGGUACAGUGGAGGGGGUCAUGAUGACUUGAUACGUUCAGAUGUCUCAGACAUAUCUACUCAUACAGUGACUUAUGGCAACAUUGAGGGCAAUGCUGCAAAGCGACGAAAACAGCAGUAUAAGGAUAGCUUAAAGAAACGACCCGCUUCAGCUAAGUCACGGAGAGAGUUCGAUGAGAUUGAGUUGGCUUAUCGUCGGCGUCCCCGAUCCCCAGAUCACAAACGCUACUUCAGGGACAAGGAAGGGCUGAGAGAUUUCUAUUUGGACCAGUUCCGGGCUAAGGAGAACUCACCACACUGGGAGCAUGUGGAUCUGACAGAUAUUUAUAAAGAGCGGGGAGAUGACUUCAAACGUGAUACGAUAGGGGGAGCAGGGACAUGCACUAAUCGGACCCACCACAAACAUGGGUCGGGGGAAUUUGGAGCAAACAAUGAGCACAAGCACAGUGUUGUGAGUGGGGUACCAGCACCAUGGGAGAAAAACCUCACAAAUCUUGAUUGGGAGGAACGACCAGGGGCUAAUUAUUGCCGCAGUUGCCCAUCUAAGCUGCACAACUACACUCCAACAGUGGUGGGACAGAACUCCACCCGUCAGCCAUGCAUCCGGUGUGAAGCCUGCAAGAAAGCAGGCAACCUCUAUGACAUCAGUGAGGACAACUCCCUUCAAGAGCUGGAUCAGCCCUCUGCUCCUGUGCCGGUGGCAACCAGCACCUCCACUACCAAGUAUCCUCAGAGCCCUUCCAACUCUGCCUCCAAAGUGCAGAAGAAGAAUCGCAACAAGCUCCGCCGGCAGCACUCCUAUGACACCUUUGUGGAUCUGCAAAAGGAAGAUGCAUCCUUGGCACCCCGUAGUGUGAGCCUGAAAGACAAGGGCCGAUUUUUGGAAGGAAGUCCCUAUGCCCAUAUGUUUGAGAUGCCACCAAACGAGUCCACAUUUGUCAACAACAAGUCCUCAGUGCCCGCUACCAGCCACCACCACCACAACAAUCCUGGCAUUGGUGGUGGUUAUAUGCUCAGCAAGUCGCUCUACCCUGACCGGGUCACUCAAAACCCUUUCAUCCCCACUUUUGGGGAUGACCAGUGCUUGCUCCAUGGCAGCAAAUCCUAUUUCUUCAGGCAGCCUGUGGUGGCAGCAGGGCCCAAGGCCAGGCCAGACUUCCGAGCCAUUGUCACCACCAACAAGCCGGUGGUCUCAGCCCUUCACGGGGCUGUGCCAGCCCGUUUCCAGAAGGACAUCUGUAUAGGGAACCAGUCAAACCCCUGUGUGCCUAACAACAAAAACCCCAGGGCUUUCAAUGGCUCCAGCAACGGGCAUGUUUAUGAGAAACUUUCCAGUAUUGAAUCUGAUGUCUGAGUGAUGGGGAAAAGCAUGGGAGGGGAUGGUACAGGAAAUGCAAAGUGUGGGAGGGGCAGGUGGUGGGUUCAGACCUAGUUCCCAUUUGCUACUCUUCUGCUACUCUUUUUUUCUUCAUGGAAUAUUGGAGGUCUGCUUAGGCAGCACUGAUGAGAAGUGCCACCUCUUUCUUUCCCCAUUCCCUCACCCCUGACUAUCUCUUUUCAUUUCCCCACUCGCAGUUCCAUUCCUGGUCAUCACAUGUCAAAGCUUAGUAGCUUAGCUUGUGUUUUCACAAUUGGAAAUGCAGGGCAUGGAAGAGAUGAGGUCGACAUAUGAACGGGGGCAACGGUCACAGAAUUUCAAGGUUUCUUAGCAUCAGACUGUGAUAGUUGGUACAGAUAUAAGAAUGUGGCAUAAGGUGAAAGGUAGAAGAGAUUAAAUGGGCACAAAGAAGUUGUAAUCUUUGUCUUUUAAAACCGAAUUGAUGGAAUACAAAAUAGUGUGGCAUAGGUGUUAUGCAGUAUAUUCUGAUAGCAUGCAGAGAUCCAUUCAGUUCUUUUAUAACCCUGUGGGUUAAAGGCUAAAAUAUGGGUCAAAGCAUAUAUAAGUGUGUCAACAUGUACUGAAAUCUUAGCAUGUUUAUGAGAAGGAGGGAUGGUUCAACAAAUGCACAGCUGCAGCCAGUAGUCCAGUUGUCAUAAUUUAGUGAGAACUCUCCUGAAAGAUAAAUUGGACUUAUAGAAGUGAAUACCAAUGAGACCAGGUGAAUCCCAGAAAAUGCCUUUGGAAAAUUUAAAAAAUGAGUGCCCAAGGGAGGGGAGAGAGGCAAAUUUUCCCUACUCAUGAACAACUCAUUACUAAUUUUGAAAUCAUGAACUCUCAAAUGUGGGUUGGUUUAUGCACAAGCUUAUAACAUAAACAAUAAUUUUUAGAAACAUCAAUGAUGAAAACAAAAAUAAGAAAAAUAGCAUCACUAAGAUAUUUAGUUGACAAACCCAGCAGAGCAAGCCUUUGCAAUAUAAGGGUAUAUAAAGGGCAAAUAAAAAGAAUAAAAGGGAAAACAGGCUCGAGAACUCAGAAAAGUCUGUUGUUCAGAUAGACUGAAAGUGGGAGAGUGGAAUCAGCCAUCUUUCCUUCCUAUUUCUUAUCACAUAGAGUGAGUUUGUGACUAUAUUGAAAAGGCUUUCUCUGCUGUUGGUGCUGAAGCAUUACUUUGGAGCAGAAAGUGCAAGAAGCUGGUGUUGCUGGUGGAAAUAGGGCCAGCACAACUCAGACAUGUGUAUAUGUAUAUUUAUUGAAUAUAUACUUAUAUUUGAUAAUUAUAGUGUUGUGGAAAUAUAUGGCUUGUCUUCCACAGGGCAAUAGGUGAAGAAACAUCCAAUCCCAUAGGUGUUGUGGUGGGGGCUGGCAAGCAGAGGUAAAAAGCAGGAGGGUAUAAAACAAAGGAAGAGAUCAGGAGGUGCUAUGCUGAACAAGUGGGAUUUUUUUUAUCUAGCAACUUCAGAGUUGUGCUGGCCCUGUUUGCAGCACAUAUAGUAUUGGUAAUCACAGUUUUGCUGCUGCGGAAGACUUCUGUAAAUGCAAGUUAAAACUAUGUACAUGGUAGAAGUGAAAUUGUUUUCAUUUACAGCAGGAACCCUCAGGUAAGGGCAAUGAGUCCACUGUUGCUUCCCAAAUAUGUGGCAAAAUGUCUCACUUUUUCAUGGAUCUGCUCUUCAGCUUUCCUAGCAGGAAAGGAGGGUGACAAGUGCUCUUUUGCUAUAUCUAGUCCAUUGCAGCUGAACUGGAUGCAUGGAGAGGCACAGGCCCUGAACUUUGGAAGCAGCCAGUCUUUUUUCAAGCCACAUUUCCUGCAGUUGUUCCUUCUCUCAUUAUCCUUCUAACCACAGCCCACUUGGCUUCAUCUUAACACCUUUCUUGCAUUUACACCAAAUGAAGGCCUUGCUUUUGGGGUAGAAGGGGUAAGAUUGAACCUGAACAUUUGUGAAAUGGGAAUUCUCCCACUUUUAGAUUUUCUGAGUAAGUUAUGGAAGGGGCAGUGCCCUCUCUAUGGCUGGAAGAGCCGAAUGAUUUGCAGUUCCUCUGCUCCCUCCCCUCUGAAGAAAGCGAUACUUGCCUAGCAAUCUGCAGAACAAAAAAAUGGAAAUGCUGAAUCUUCUGACAAGGGCAGCUGAGAAGGCAUUCAUUUCAUUUGUAAAUAAGGUUUUUUUCUAUUUUGUUUUGUAUAAACUAGUGCUUCUCUUGUGAAUAUUCAGGUUUAGAGAGGAGAGGGGUUUUAGGUUGUGUUUCCCCCCUACAACUUUCAGGCUGGAAGUAGUUUUAUGUGUGCCCAGGCCAUUAAAAUGGUGGAGAAUGAAAAAUUGCAUGCAUUGAAUACCUCUUUCUAACCUGCACCCAUCACAUUUUUUUCUUUCAUGGUCAGAAAAUGGCAUUACAUUAAUUUUAGCCUUGCUAGUGUUUGUGACAAUAGAAGCACACCACCUCCUUUCCUUGAUUAUAAACUAAUUCCAUGUCAUGAA